ACCAAGAAAUUUAGAAUGCAUAGGUUAGAAUUGCAGGCUUUAUAUUUUAGUUUUUUGUAUCUGUGUUCUAUUUAUACUUAAAAAAAAAAUGCUCCAGAGCAAUAGCUGAUAUUAAGGAAACUUCUUGUAGUCCUUGCCUUAAAAAUAUAACAGAUUAAAGUUUUGAAGUGGUAGACAACAUUAUCAGAGACAUUCUAGAUGUUCUUUUGCUGAAAUUGAAAUUUGAUAAAGAGAGCAAGGAGGUUAUAUGUAACAUCUGCAGAAUGAAGUUAAAUGCGACGUUAGAAUUUAAGUCCACAUGUCUGAAUACCGAUAACACAAUUGCUCCUUAUGUGGAUAGCGAAAAAAUGUUACAGCCCGACCUAAGAGAAGUGUACGUGCUUGAAAAGAAAAGUGAAUUAGUUUGCAGUCAGAAAAUAUGUCAAUUGUGUAUGCACCCAGUAGAAAGUGAGUUUAAGUGCAUACGUGAAGUGGAACUUGAAGCUAUUGAGAAAUUGGCUCCUGAAAUGAAUAUAAAUAUCAUCAAAGAUCCUGUUGUUUGUAAGCCAUGCUUGGAUUCUCUGUGUACCCACAACAGUUUCCUUAAAGAUUGUUCAGAGUUAGAAGAAAAAAUUAAAAGUAACUUUGAUAGUUCAGCCACAGGAAGUCAAAUAGAUACGUCUCCACUGGAUUUAUUCGUUAAAACUGAAAACCUGGACGAGGAAUUCGAUAUUAACGAGAUGAAAAUGUCGAUCAAAGCUGAAAGUAUUGACAUAAAAUCGGAAGAUGAGGAAAGUAGCGACACGCCACUUCAGAGCUCCAAUGUUGUACCAUUCGAGGAGAGUGACUGUAAAUACGAAGAAGAGGACGGAUGUAAACAUGAGCAUGCAUCAGAAGUGAAAACAAAGCAGGAGGGCAAAGUAUCGUACAAAUGUGAUAAAUGUAUUUAUGAAACUGAAAGUGAGAUCUGUUUUACGUCACACUGUGCGAGGCAGGAGAACGAUUUGGAAGCGUAUAAAUGUGAGUCUUGUGACUACGAAACUGAAAAUGAGAAAUUACUUCAGAGGCACAUGUUGAGACAUAAAGAUCCUUUGCAUAUUCGAAUAUACAAGUGUAAAGACUGCACAUACGAAACUAAAUACAAGAAUGCUAUCAAAAGCCACCAACUGAAGCAUAAAGACCCUUCACAGAUUCAAAUGUACAGGUGUAACAAUUGCGAUUACGAAACCAAAUACAAGGAUUACAUCAAACUCCAUCAACUGAAGCAUAAAGAUCCUUCACAGAUUAAAAUGUACAGGUGUAACAAUUGCGAUUACGAAGCUAAAUACAGGUACUCUAUCAAAAAGCACCAACUGAAACAUAAAGAUCCUUCACAGGUUCAAAUGUACAGGUGUGAUGAUUGCGAUUACGAAGCUAAAUACAGGUACGCUAUCAAAAAGCACCAACUGAAACAUAAAGAUCCUUCACAGGUUCAAAUGUACAGGUGUGAUGAUUGCAAUUAUGAAACUAAAUUAAAGGGUAAUAUCAAAAAUCACCAACUGACACAUAAGGAUCCUUCGCAGGUUCAAAUAUACAGGUGUAACGAUUGCGAUUACAAAACUAAAUUUAAGGGUAAUAUCAAAUUACACCAACUGAAACAUAAAGAUCCUUCACAGGUACAAAUGUACAGGUGUAAAGACUGUGAUUUCGAAACUAAAUACAGGAACAGUAUCAGACAUCACAUGUUGAAGCAUAAAAAGUCUUCAUAAAUGGGGCAUUUCACGUGAAGCGGGCAGCGAAAAAAAAGUUAACUUUCUGAAAUUUGUUCAUAUUCGGCUUAAUUGUACUUCUAGUA